UUCCUUUUUUUUUUUUUUUUUUUUGUGUGUGUGUGUGUGUGUGUGUGUGUGUUUAAAUGUAUAACUUCAUGGGGUUGAACAGCACGGCCGUAGCUAUUCAGCCCAAUGUGUCCUGCACAUGCAACUGCAAAAGGUCUUUGUUCCAGAGCAUGGAGAUCAGCACUGAAUGUUUAGGUCGCACCUUUCCAGGUAAACUGGCGGAGUUGGAGUUUGUACAGAUAAUCAUAAUCGUGGUGGUGAUGAUGGUGAUGGUGGUGGUGAUCACGUGUCUGCUGAACCACUACAAGCUCUCUGCACGAUCCUUCAUCAGCCGGCACAGCCAGGGCAGGCGGCGAGACGAGAACCUCUCCUCAGAGGGAAGCCUGUGGCCUUCGGAAAGCACCGUGUCGGGGACCGGCAUAACGGAGCAGCAGAUCUACACCCCGCGGCCCAGCGAGCGCCUGGCAGUGCCCUCCUUCCUGCAGAGGGACCGCUUCAACCGGUUCCAGCCCACGUACCCGUACCUGCAGCACGAGAUCGACCUGCCGCCCACCAUCUCCCUGUCCGACGGCGAGGAGCCCCCGCCCUACCAGGGACCCUGCACGCUGCAGCUGCGCGACCCCGAGCAGCAGAUGGAGCUCAACAGGGAGUCCGUGCGGGCCCCCCCAAACAGAACCAUCUUCGACAGUGACUUGAUAGAUAACUCCGUGUUCGGGGGGCCGUGCCCCCCCAGCAGUAACUCUGGCAUCAGUGCCACGUGCUACGGCAGCAGUGGCAGGAUGGAGGGGCCGCCACCGACCUACAGCGAGGUGAUCGGGCACUACCCCGGCUCCACCUUCUACCAGCACCAGCAGAACAACAACGGGAUGCCCCCCAUCUUGGAGGGCAGCAGACUCCAUCCCUCACAGAUCAAUGGCCUUGAGAGCACAACCACGACGACGAUGACGACGACGGCGUGGAACAAAGAGAAAGAGAAACAAAAAGGGCACCCCUUUUAAAAAAAUUAAAAAAAAAAGGAAAAAAGAAAAAAAAGGCAAGAAAGUAAAUGAAACACUCUGCACUUCUCAUUAAAAGAAAAAGGAGAGAGAGAGAGAGUUGAGGAAGAUGAGCAAAGAAAAAAAAAAAAAAAGAAGCCCUUCCCCAUCUCUCCAUGUAUAAAUAUUUACUUGUUAUGUCUGGUCUGAAUGCACAAGCCUACCAAGCUUGCAAAAACAUUUCUUUAUUGAGCUGUGUCUAGACGUUUAAAAAGGAAAAAAAAAAAAAUCAACUGUAGUCUUUUUUUUUUUGUUUGUUUCUAGUUGGGCUGUGUGUGAAUGCUUUUUUUUUUUUUUG